AUGCAUUUUGAAAAAAGAAAGUUUCGAACCGCCGAAGCCAAAGGUUGGGUCCGAAAGCGGUUCAAAUCGGAACUGAGCCGAUUGGCUCGGUCUGAAAAGUUAGAUUUUUGCUCGCCGCGCUCGGUCGAGGUGACGGCGCGCUUGCCCUCCUCCUCGUCCUUUUGUUCUUCCUUCCGCGAUGCUCGUCUUCCCUCUCUCCGCCGCCGCCGCCGUCGCCGUCGCCGUCAAAUGCUCGUCUCGAGGAGGUUCCGACAGCCUCCUCUCCUCGUUCACCUUUUCUUAGUCGAAGGAAGAAGCCAUAGCUCUUCUCACUUCUCCUUCGCCGCCGCCGCCCAUUCCUCCCCUGACUCCGACUCCGAUGCCCUUGUCACGGACCACCGCCCUCCCGCAUCCGUCGACGUAUCCUCUGCCUACGCUACCCACUGCAUCUCCCUCCUCCACCGCCUCCUCCUCCGAGGCGAGCACUCCGCUGCCCGCUCCGUCCUCAACCGCGUCGUCGCUGGUUUGCCCGUCCCUGAUUCAGCCUCCGCCAUCCACCUUGCGAGUUCCUUUGGAAUCUCCCCCGAGUACGGUCGUAUCCUCCGAUCCUUGGUUUCCUCUCGCCAGUUCCUGAAGGCUAAGGCUCUUUUCGCUCACUCCACCGGCGGCGAACUACCGGAAGAUUCCUCCGUGCUGGAUGCCAUGGUAGAAUGCUUUUGCAAGCUAGGAAAGCUUGUGGAUUCCAAGCCUCUGCUGGACCACAUGAUAAAAAUUCGGUCUUUGCCGUCGAAGAGGACGUACACUGCGUUGCUGCGUUUGCUCUGCGCGGAAGAGAAGUUCCUGGAGGCUCUGGACCUCUUCGUUCUGAUGGCCGGUGCAGGUGUUUUCCCAGAUAUGUCAGGUUAUAAUUCCCUAAUCUAUGGUUUGUGCUCAAAGGGGCAUUUUGUUCAGGCACAUCACCUGCUUGAUAAAAUGGUCAGCAGAGGAUUGAGUCCUUCUUCCCAGUUGUGCAAAACCUUGUUUUACGGACUUUGCAAGGGAGGUGACAUUGUCGAGUCUGAGCAUGUUUGUAGAGUGAUGGAGUCCCAUGGUUUCCAUUUUGAUCGAACAAUGUUUUCCACCUUGAUUUCUGCAUACUGUAAGAAGGGAAGGUUGGAGCCAGCUCUAGUCAUUUUCCAGACAAUGAAGGGGCAUGCCUUCUUGGAGCCUGAUGUGUAUUCCUACAACACCCUGAUAAGGGGCUUGCUGAGGCUCGGCUAUGAUGAUUCAGCAUGGAAGUUUUAUAAAGAAAUGACCAUGACUGGACUUAAACCUGAUGCAGUUACUUACGGGAUACUGAUCAGUUGGUACUGCAAGAACCAGAAAGUCGAUUGUGCUUUGAGACUUCUUGAAACAAUGCUUGGGUACGGUUUAGUUCCUAACAUCCAAUGCUACACAGCCAUGAUAACAGCUCUUUGCAAGACAAACAGAUUGGUGGAUGCUGAAAAUUUGUUCGAUAGGAUGUUGGAGAGUGAUCUCGUACCAGAUCAUCUAAUGUUUGUUUUACUUUUGCGAAGUUUCCCCAAAAGUCAUGGAUUUGCAAUCAUCAGCAAGACUUUGCAGGCUAUGGCUAAGACAGAUAGUAGUGGAAAAUUUAGAAAUUCCUCCAUAUUGUUCAGUUCUAGUUUAGAUCAGAUAUCACUUCAAGAGAUGGAACUUGCAUUUGAUGAGAUUGUGAGGCUUGAUGUGCUUCCGGUUGAGUUAACUUUUAACAUAGCGAUAAGAACUAUGACCGGAGAGGGAAGAUUUGAUGCUGCUCAUCGUUUGUUGGACAAAAUGGUUAGUUAUGGUUGUGAACCUUCAAUAUCAACGUACAAUUUUCUCCUAAAAUGCCUAUGUAGAGAGAAUCAGAUGGAGAAUGUUAAAUUACUCCUAGAUUUAAUGAAUAGCAGGGGAGUGGUAUGGAAUUUGGUUACUUACUCUGUUCUGAUAAAUGCAUAUGGGAAGUUUGGGGACAUACACUCAGCUUUUGAUAUUUUUAAUCAGAUGAUUGAUCGAGGUGUCAAGCCUAAUGUUAUUAUCUAUGAUCCAAUAAUCAAAUGCCUAUGCAGAAUAGGAAGGUUCAGGGAGGCUGAGCUUGUAUUUGGUAGAAUGAUCGAAAGUGGGGUAAUGCCUGAUGAAGUAGCCUAUGUUAAUCUUAUCAAUGGUUACUCGAAGAUUGGAAGGAUCAAUGAUGCUCGUUUUCUUUUCGAUGAGAUGUUGCACUGUGGCUUCCAUCCUGGCUUGCAUGCAUACAGUGCUCUUAUAAAUGGACUAAUAAAGAAGAAUAUGUUCAGUAUAGCCUACAAAUAUCUAGAUAAGAUGUUGGAGGAUGGAUUUCUACCCGAUAAGGUACUUUACACAAUGCUAGUCAAUCAGUUCUUUAAGAAAGGCGAAGAGAACUUUGCCUUGUAUCUAGUUGACUUGAUGGCGAGAAACCAGAUUGAACUUCAUCUAGUGACUUAUGGCUCCUUAGUAAGUGGGAUUUGCAAAAACAUCCUACCUCGACGAAGAAGACAGCCAUAUUUAGCUCAUAAAUUAGAAGAAGCUAGGCAUAUGCUUUUCAGAUUGCUACCUCAAAAACAUGCUUUCCUUGGAAAAGCAAACCACUUGCAUCAUUACCAAUCGGCAGAAAAGAAGGUUGAAUAUGCAUUGAAUAUAAUGCAAAUUGUCGUGGACAACGGGAUGAUUCCCAAUCUCCAUUUUUAUAAUGGUAUACUCAAUGGAUUAUGUAGAGCUAAAAUGAUCCAAGAUGCUUGUGAUUUGGUUUCAUUAAUGCAGAAACUCGGCACUAUUCCUAACCAAGUAACUUAUACGAUUCUAAUGAAUGGCCAUUUCAGAUCAGACGAGGCUGAUUGUGCAAUUCAGCUAUUUAACGAGAUGAACCGCGAAGUACAUGUUCUAGAUGAAGUUGCAUACAAUACAUUGGUUAGGGGUCUUUCUGGGGCUGGCCGAACCAAUGAUGCUCUCUGUGUUGUAAAUAUGAUGCAGAAAAGAGGCCUUUUCCCGAGCAAGAAAGCAUAUAACAAAUUAGCUGAAUCUCUACCUCUUAGUUGUUCUACCAAACUUGCCGUCAAACUGCUCGAGGAGAUGCUCUCUCAUGGCUAUUUUCCUAGACACAUCUAUUACAAUAGCUUGCUGUGGACUCUCUCCGACAACAACUUGUUUGAGGCUCAUAGGGUUUUUGAUAUGAUGUUGAAAAGAGGAAAACUACCAUAUCGAGAAACAAAGAGACAUUUGGUUGAUAUGUGUCGCAAGGCUGGACAAUUCGACAUGGCUUUUGAGAUCGAACAAAACAUGGCCAUCUAUGAGCCUUGAAAAUCCAUUCAGCCUCUGUACUGCUAAGCUUUUAUGAGGUAAACUACUGAUGAUGAUUUGCAAUGCAAACACUGGUGAUCUGGUUGCAAAACCCUACAGAAUCGCAUUGACCAAUCCGAUGUUUAUUUGAGAAGGUGGAAUUUGAUCCAUUAAUCUUGGAUCAAUCCGUUGUUGAAUAAAGCAACUGGACGAGGAACCCACCCGCCGUUAAUGGCCGCACAAUCAAUGGCCACCGGACCGGGAGGUGUGCCAAAGAUGUUGCAGUGCAGCGCGCCGCGGCGGCGGCGUUGCCAAAGACGAAGUCGGAGCUGGAGAUGUCGCAUUCCCGGUGGAAUUGCGGCUGCGGGGGUGUUGAGAGGUCGGAGACGAUUGAAGCACGCAACGGGGGCGACGGCGAUACUGAGUCAGUGCUACCUCAGGGGAGAACGGUGUUGGCGUAUAGCACGGUGGCGUGAUGCCACAAUAGUAGUCGACUUCGACGGCGAUACCACCGUAGGCGUCGGCGAUGACGGCGCAAAGAGAAGGAAAUUAAGCACACCAUAUACAGAGUUGACUUUAUAUAAUACUUUUAUCAUACACUUCAAAUGUAUAUUAUUAUGACCGUGAAAUAGUUGUCUUUGAAUAAUAAAUUGAAGAAUUGUCACUUCA